AUGCAAACCAGUCGGGAGGUCUUCCAUGAACUUGUUCUCCUGUACUUUCGCUUCAUCCACAAUGUCAUUCAUACCAUGAUCCACGAAGCAAGCUUCAUGCACCAGUUCAAUCAGGGAACAGCAUCAAGGAUGCAUGUUUAUGCCAUGUGUGCACUCGCUGCCAGGUUUUCGGACAACCCUGCCUUCCAUGGCAUCGCCCGUGGCUCGCGCGGAAAAAUUUAUAUCUCCGAAGCUGUACAUUUUGCCCAACCGUCUAUUAUUAUCCCAAGCCUGGAAUCAAUGCAAGGCCUGAUUCUGAUUGGCUACUACUAUGGUGGAGAAGGUGACGGGAAAGCAAAGCACAUCUAUACUGGCCUCGCUAGGUUACACGCAGAAACCUUGUCACUCUGGGAGGUGCCCAACGAUGGCACUCCCCUCUCUCAAGAGGAACAUCGCCGGACAUGGCUUUCGGUAAAUAUUGCUAGUGAUUGGUCAGCAAUAGAUAUAUCAAUCGAGCCUGUAUCAUUGAACCACGGGCUACAGGUCGAUCUUCUCAAAUUCGAUGAUAUUGCUUUCCAGAGUCUCGAUCCAGAUCAGUUCCAAGGACCAUAUCGUUUGCCUUCAUCCCCGUACAACAUGUGGGCUUAUAUGGCAAGGACACUCGGGAUCUUUAACAAGACCAGCGUGCUCCUGCGACGGAUGAGCCAAGGUUUGAUUCCCUUUGAUGAUUAUUGCCAGGAGGCGGCCCUACUAGAAGGGCGUCUUGAUCAAUGGGAGGAAAGUCUGCCCCUGAGUCUAAGGUACACCACAGAGAACAUCAUGUCCUCUAUGAAGCAACGAAUUGGUCGCACUUUCCUGGCAAUGCAUAUUGGCUACCACCACUUUCGCCAGAUUCUAUUUUUCCCCUUCCUCGAUGCACGCAGGGAUCAUGAUAAUAGAAAGCUUUCAAAAGGUGCCUCACAAUGCAAACGAAGCGCAAAUAUAAUAUCCGAAAUCCUACGGCAUAGUACGGACACCCCAGAUUGCGAUUUGAACUGUUUCAUCUACGGGCAUAUCGCUGUGAUCAGCUCAUGUAUCCACCUUCAUACUCUUCUCUUCAGCGAUAACCCCGAAGCACUUUCUAUGGCACGGCGAUGGCUACUCUUGAACUUCAAAUACUUGAUGGAUAUCAAAUCAUAUUGGCCCGUGGUCGAGCACUCUGUGGCACGUCUGCGCAAGUUCCACAAUUGCUGUCAGGAUUCUGUAUCAGAUCCAUUUGUGCUAGACAAUUGGAUGGCGCGCUUUGUUACCGAGCACACUUCCUACCCCUCUGAGCGCCAAACUUCCGCGGUACAGCCGUGUGACCCGGGUCUAGAGAGUACCACAGCACGCAGUAUGUGCGCAGAACUUCAUACGUACGACCCCGCCAACAAUGUGCAGACCAGUUCUGAGGUGGAUCAUCUAUCCCAUUUGUUGGAUGACGAACAAGUGACCAGCGAGGCUCUUGUCAAUCAUGCACUUGACUGGUUGCUCGAAUGA